AUGAAUCAAACUAAAUUUAAGAAAGACAUUCAGAAGAAAACAAAGUUGACGAUAAAGAAUGAUUCGAGUAACUUGUUGAUUUAUUUGAUAUACGUCAACUAUUUGAAUAAUUUAAUAGAGAAUUCCACUUCGAACAAUGAAAUUACUAUGACCAACUUGAUCAAAGAGAACGAGACUUUAUUGAAAAAAUUCCGAGGUUAG